AAAGUACUGGACAAAAAGCCCACUCCAAACUCUCUCUCUCUCUCUCUCUUCUGUUUGUGUUCUCUAUCCACAUUCGUUAUCUAGUGAGUGUGGUGGCACUUCUGGUGUUGCUCAACAAUGGCGUCCGUUGCAGUUAUGGCUACAAGCAGCGACAGCAGGUGGUCUAUGGCUUCCUUGCGCUCUGCUUUGCCCUCUCAUUCUCCUCCUGUUUCCUCUUCAUUGCGCUUCCCUGUAUUGCCAUCUUCACCGUCUUCUUCUUCAACGAAACUCCGAAUUUCUCGAACCAAACCCAAAUCCCUUCUCACCUCUUUCACCGGCCUCGCUCCUCUUAACCCCAUCUUCCUCUCCGCUCCUUCUUCAGAAUAUACCGGCUGUGAUCACUCUUUUACCAUUAUUGACAAUGGUGGUCGAGUCACUGCCAUGAGACAUGGGAGGCGAGUGCCCAAACUCAACAGGCCCCCUGAUCAGCGUCGCGCACUCAUCCGAGGUCUUACAACUCAGCUCCUUAAAUAUGGUCGCAUCAAGACCACCAGAGCAAGGGCCAGUGCAAUUCGGAAGUAUGUUGAUAAAAUGAUCACUUUGGCAAAGGAUGGUUCUCUUCAUAAAAGGAGACAAGCCCUUGGGUUCAUCUAUGAGAAGCAAAUUGUUCAUGCUUUAUUUGCAGAGGUUCCAGAACGUUAUGGUGAAAGAAAUGGGGGUUAUACAAGAAUUAUAAGAACCCUACCAAGGCGGGGUGAUAAUGCACCUAUGGCAUAUAUUGAACUUGUGUAGCCAUCGCCUUUAUUUGGGUGCAUUUAUUAGCAAUCUCACUGCAAUCUUGAGCUUGGCUAUGUAUCCAGUGGUAAACAAUGAUUCUACAGUUUUUCCUAUAUUUAGUUGUAUUUGUAUUUAUGCUUUUUUGACUAGUUUUCAGUAUGCAUCUAUUUCUGUACUCAUGGACAAACAACCAUCUUUGAACUUGAGUGAUCAUCUACCAAAGGUCAUAGAUUCACUUAUUUUUUAAGAUUGAGAUGUUUUAAGUGUGUAUUUGUAAUAUGCCUUUUGACUACUUCUCUGUUUGCGGCUCUUGCUGUAAUAAUUAUUUGACAAACAAUCAUCUUUGAUCUCAAGCGAUCAUCUGCAGGUCACACAUUCACUUA